GGGGCGGUGUUAUUAACAACGACCGAUCUUCUUCUCCUCGGGAUCGGGGUUUUCUUUCUCUUCCGGUUGUCGUCUGUUCGUGUGGCAGAUAGAUAAGAGUCGAUAUGGCCAAGUCAAAGAACCACACAACCCACAAUCAGUCUCGUAAAGCCCACAGAAAUGGAAUCAAGAAGCCCACAUCUCAGCGCUACGAGUCGUUGAAGGGGGUUGACCCUAAGUUCCUGAGGAACAUGCGCUUUGCCAAGAAGCACAACAAGAAGGGCAUGAAGGCAGCGCGCAAGGCAGCAGCAGUCCAGGCGAAAUAAGCUGUCACUUGACCUAAUAAAGCAAUGCUUUGAUAACAU